AUGUAUGUUUUAACAUUUCAGUCCAUCUCCUGUCUUAUUCUUGCCUACCUGGUGACGGAUGAUCAAUUCGGUCGAUAUAUAAAGGAUGAAUCCAUUCAGUUCAUCAUAAACAAUAUUGAGAAUAACUUCAGACAUCAGAAAGGGCCUCGGAGGUCUUUUGAAACCUCUGAACUUUGUCUGGCAUUGCGAGAGAUGGCGAAGAAUGACACUUCCAUUAGUCGCAUACUGCAGUGUGGUGGUAUCCAAGCUCUGGGAAGUGUUCUGGCCAAGGGAACCUCGAGAGAGAAGUGUGCCGCCGCCCUGGCCCUCCUCUCCCUCGCCCUCCAUGAGUCGACGACGGCGACCGCACGGACUCAGAUCCACUCCACUUUGGCUAGCGAUAUCAACGCCCAGUUGAGUACGCUGCGCAGCCAAAUGCCCGUGUCCAUCAGUGCGGAGGGGCGACGAGGCGCGAUCGAAGACAUGGUGGAGGACUACAAGAGCUUCAAGAGCUGGAUCCUGGAGAGGGGCAACUUACUGCCAGAGGUGAAGGCCAUUUCACCGGUGGAUAGGAGGAUUAAAACAGCGCUCUGGAUGCAAAGCAUCUUUCAAAGGCUACAAUGGGAGAUUCAUGCUGAUGACGAACUCCACGAUCGGCAAAGGAUGGGCAAAGUGGAGGAGAAGGAACGAGCGCACGUCAUGCUGAGCUACAGCUAUGUGCAGAAAAACAUCGCACACAAGAUCGCACGUGCAGUUAGCGAGUCCGGAUAUCGGAUUUGGCUAGACACAGAACACAUGCACACCGAGCCCGACAUAAUGGACGCAAUAGCAAUUGCGGUAAAACGAGCUUUUGCAGUAUGCAUCCUCUACUCAGAAGCCUACAAACGCUGUCCCAACACCAGAAUGGUUGUCUUCCUCUGGUUGCCAUUGGCAGAGGCACAGUAUGCACAGAAGUUGGAUAAGCCGAUGAUCUUCUGCCGAGUGGAGCAGGGCUACUUGCCAGAUGGGUGGUUGGGUGUCCUCACAGCCAGACGGACCUGCAUCGACUUCUCGGGAAAGUUCACCUUCGAAGACGCCUCCAGUGAACUCCUGCACCGUCUGGCCAACAUCAAAAUGUCCGUCAGGGACAACAAGGCCGAGAUUUAUGACAAAAGUUUGGUGACAUAUCAGACCAACGAAAUCAGUCUUUGGGAUAUGGAAAAAGUCAACGAGUGGUUUAUGAACCAAGGCCUUCCCAUUGUUUAUAGGGAGAACAUAAGUGGGAAGGACCUUCUCUUUCUCAAGAAAAUGCAAUCAUCAGCGCCAGAGUCGUUCUUCCGUUUCCUCUCGGAGACCUGGAAAAUCGCCUCGGUUCCGGUCAUGCGAUCAUUUGCUGAGGCGCUUGAAAAACUUUGA